AUGGAACGAAUCGAACAACACCACGCCGCUGAGGCCCAGCGGCUCGUGUCUCGCCAGCGCCGCCGCGUGCGGUGGUGGGCGCUCGGCCUGGGCCUCGGGCUGGCCCUGGCCCUGGUCGCCGCCGCCGCCGUGGCCGAGGAGGGCUGGUGGUGGUCCUGGGGCUGGGGCAGCGACUGGUGGUGGGUCUGGGUCGCCGCCGCGGCCGCACUGGUGGUCGUGGCCGCCGGUGGCGUGGCCGCGGUGGCCGCCUUCGCCGGCGUGGCCGUGGGCGUGACGCUGGGCAAGCGGCUGCUGUCGUGGUGGCUCUACGUCGUCACGACCCACGUUCUGGCGCCCAUCCUGCGUGGGCUCCGCCACGUCCCGGGCCUCGAGCGCACUCUGAACAACGUCCUACGCGCCACCUUUCUCGUCUGGUUUUAUGGGCUGGUGCUGUUCGAACGCAACCUGCGGUGGUUUCUGCAGCACUUUGUGGGCCGGCACAAGGAGACCGGCCGGCCCUACUCGCUGGUCAACUGCCUCGACACCCGCUUCGAGGGCGCCUUCACCAUCUGGCCCACCAACGACGUCAUGGAGCGACAGGCACGCCCUCAUCCGCGCAGCGAAAUCGAGGCGCACCAGCAGCGCAAGGCCAUGCAGGAGAACGCGCGCUACGAGUUCGGCGACGAGGAGUACUCGCACGCCAAGGCCUAUUCGAUGGCCAUCGCGGCCAAGCUGGCCUACGAGAACACCGACAUCAUCCGCUGCGAGGUGGCCAAGUGGGGCUUCCCCCACUUCCAGGUCUACCGGUACCACUACACGAAGGCGUACCUGGCGAGCAACGACGAUAUGGCCCUGCUUGUGUUUUGCGGCACGCAGCCGCUCAACCUCAAGAACCUCAUCACCGACCUCCAGGCCAGCCUCAUCCCAGCCGGCGAGCUCGGUCAUGUGCAUGCCGGGUUCCUCAGUGCUCUCGGCAUCAACCCGCUCGAGCGGGCGAGCGCAGCCAAGGCCCAGGCGAUGGCCGAAGAGCUGGACGAUGAGAUCGUGCACGUGCUGCCGGCGCGGCGGUCGCGGUUCUACCGGGCGAAGACCUACGUGAUCGGGACGCUCCUGCGGUGGACCGCGGCGGUGUUCUCGUGGAACCGCCGGCUGGCGCUGCGCAUCACGGGCCUCGACGCCUACCACGAGAAGGUGCAGGCCAGCUCCCUCAAGGCCCCCGCCUACGACCAGAUCAUCCGCGACCUCCGCGAGCUGGGCCUCCUCCACCGGCCCGAACGCUCCUACGCGCCCUGCUGUGCCAACCGAGACAACAAGCCGGUUAGGAAGCUGUGGGUGACGGGACACAGCCUGGGCGGGGCAUUGGCCACGCUGUUCGUGGCGCAGAUGAUGCAGGACUUCCCUGACAGCGAGGAGAAUAUUGGGAGCGUCUACACGUUCGGCCAACCGCGAUUGGGCGACGUGUACGCCAACAUCACCGAUAGGGGACCGGCUGUUCAGGUUCGUGAACCGGAACGACGUGAUCCCGCGGCUGCCGCUGGGUAUCCCCUACUGGCUCGUCAAGCGCCUCCUCAAGAAAACCCUCAAAGAGUCCCAGGAGCUGCCGGACGUGGAUUCGGUUCGGAACAAUUUGCUGUGCUUCGUGACGGGCGUGGCGGCGCAGGGGACGUCCUACAAGCACGUGGGCAUCCUCAAGUACAUCGACCCGGCCGGCCGCGUCGUCGACUCUGCGCAGCUCUACCACAUCAUCUACCUCCAGCUCGUCGGGCUCACCAGCAUCAACGUGAUAAAGAAUCUGCACCGAGAGAGCUGGCUGCGAAUCCUGAUACGCUUCGUGCUGCCCUUCUUCAUGAACGACCACCUCAUCUGCGACUACGUGACGGCUGUCGCCGAUGCGAGGGACCACGAGAAGAAGCUGCUGUCGGGCCGCUCGUGA